AUGUCCCAGCCGUGCCAAGGGGCUUCCCACACAUGCCAGGGCCUCUGUCCCUGCCGCCCACUGGGCUCAGCCUUGGUCUCCUGGUCUUCUCAGCAGCUCCACGAUGGCUGCAAAGCCCCGCGGCUGGUGACCCAGCUCCACUUUACCAGCUGGCCCGACUUCGGGGUGCCCUUCACCCCCAUCGGGAUGCUGAAGUUUCUGAAGAAAGUGAAGACCCUGAACCCUUCCCACAUGGGGCCCAUCAUCGUUCACUGCAGCGCCGGUGUGGGCCGGACGGGCACGUUCAUCGUCAUCGAUGCCAUCAUCGACAUGAUGCACGCGGAGCAGAAGGUCGACGUGUUUGAGUUCGUUUCCCGGAUCCGCACGCAGCGGCCGCAGAUGGUUCAAACGGAUAUGCAGUACACGUUCAUCUACCAAGCCUUACUCGAAUACUACCUCUACGGGGACACGGAGCUGGACGUGGCCUCCCUGGAGAAGCACCUGCAGGCCCUGCACAGCCCCUCGGCCCCCUUGGACAAGAUUGGCCUGGAAGAGGAGUUCAGGAAGCUGACCAACGUCCGAAUCAUGAAAGAAAACAUGAGGACGGGCAACUUGCCGGCCAACAUGAAGAAAGCGCGCGUCAUCCAGAUCAUCCCGUAUGACUUCAACAGAGUCAUCCUGUCGAUGAAGAGAGGCCAAGAGUACACGGACUACAUCAACGCCUCCUUCAUAGACGGAUAUCGGCAGAAAGACUACUUCAUCGCGACCCAAGGACCGCUUCCGCACACGGUGGAAGACUUCUGGAGGAUGGUCUGGGAGUGGAAAUGCCACACGAUCGUGAUGCUGACGGAGGUCCAAGAGCGGGAACAGGAAAAAUGCUUUCAGUAUUGGCCAGCAGAUGGCUCAGUGACGCACGGAGAGAUCCACAUUGAAAUUAAGAGCGACACCAUUUCCGAGGCCAUCAGCAUCCGGGAUUUCCUGGUGACGUUUAGUCAGGAGAAGAAGAGCAGGCUGGUCAGGCAGUUUCACUUUCACGGCUGGCCUGAGAUUGGGAUUCCGGCCGAAGGGAAGGGCAUGAUUGACCUCAUUGCCGCCGUCCAGAAGCAGCAGCAGCAGACGGGCAACCAUCCCAUCACGGUGCAUUGCAGUGCCGGAGCAGGGCGGACAGGUACGUUCAUAGCGCUCAGCAACAUCCUGGAGCGGGUCAAAGCCGAGGGCCUCCUGGACGUCUUUCAGGCUGUGAAGAGUUUGAGAUUGCAGAGGCCUCAUAUGGUGCAAACGCUGGAACAGUAUGAAUUCUGCUACAAAGUGGUACAAGAUUUCAUCGAUAUAUUUUCCGAUUACGCUAACUUCAAAUGAAGAUCCUGCCUUAAAAACUUUCUCUCGUUCGAUGGUCAGCACACGUGUCUGUAAAUCUUGUUAAUUUAUUUCACACUCGCAUUAACAUGGUCUCUAGUUGCUGUGUAUAUACUUUGUUCCCCGUCCGUGUCACGUGCUCUAAAGGAAGGCGAUUCCAUCCAAGGCUUCUUUGAUUUAAUUGGCGCGGCGAGUCCCAGCGCAAACGCCCUUCAGCCGCCCGUGAGUGUCCAGACGUGCCCGCGGCCGUGACGCGUCCCUUGUCCAUGGCUGGCUCGUGGGAGCCCGAGAGACC